GCUUAUUCUUAAUUGUCGCUUCUUUUUGUGUUGCGUGUCUGCUAUCGCGCUGAUUAUAUCAUUACUCUAAUUAUACGGCGCGCUCAGCAAAUACCUUUGUCCUUGUCCUAACAAGCUUUUUUUAAUCAAUCGCUUCACAGAUGUUUAGCACACAGCUGCCCUUCCAAAAGCGAACACGUCUUCUACGGUUGAUUUUGAAAUCCAAACAGCGGCGCAGGGCGCAGGUACAGUGAUGAUAUUGAGCAGCUUCAGCACUGUGGCGCUGGAGGACGUGAGGGCCGCUGCGCCGGGAUGUCUUCUCUGGCAGCAGACGUACAUCUUCCGCAACCGGUCAAUCACCGAGUCGCUGGUCAAGAGGGCAGCUGCUCGCGGCUUCGCGGCCAUUGUGGUCACCGCUGACUCUCCCGUGCCUGGAGAUGGCGUGUGCCACCUCGCGUAUCUGGCACAACUGCCGCACGGCCUCAGUUUCGCCAAUAUGCAGGCAGCAUUUACAGAUGAGCUUCAAGGAUGCAAGCUCCAAGACACGUAUUCCACCGACAUGGAUGCUUUGGUUUCGGCCACGUUGAACGACAUCGAAUGGCUACGCGGGCUCUCGAAGUUGCCUGUAGUCGUCAAGGGCGUCCUCACCGCCGAAGCGGCGCUCCAAGCAUACAGCCACGGCGCCGCGGCCGUCAUCGUGUCCAACCACGGAGGCCGCCAGCUGGAUGGAACUCCAGCCACGAUUGACGUCCUGCCCGAGAUCGUCGCCGCCGUUGGUGACAAGAUGGAAGUGUAUUUGGACAGCGGAGUGCGAACAGGUGCGGACGUGGUCAAGGCGCUCGCGCUGGGAGCUCGGGCGGUAUUCGUGGGACGACCUGUGCUGUGGGGACUCGCAUACGACGGCAAGCAAGGUGUCGCCAGAGUGUUGCACAUAUUCAGAGAGGAACUUGAGCGUACUUUACGACUCCUUGGUUGUUCGGAUAUUGCGGACCUGUGCGAAGAAUUCCUCAUCACGAAGAAUCACUGUUCGCGACCAUUUCGAUCUACCCUAUAAGCGAGUAAGACAUGAUUGCCGGGCCUGAUCAGUGGGGCGGUGGUGUAUGCGCUGCAGAUUUGGAAGCCAUCGGAACGAGAUGACCCGGACGUACUGCUUUAAUUGUUAGUGGAUGUUAAUAGUUGCCCUGAUGAAAGACUAUGUGAUAUUCCUCUCACAUUCUUUCUGUCUCUGACUCUUUAUGCACUUUUGUUGAGCAAUGUGCAGAAAAACAUAAACUUGCAGAGAUUUCGUACUUGCCAACAUUUGUAAUCUACGAUACCUGAACCUCUCGGUUAAGAGAAUGUGUACUCGAGUUUUCUGCAUAAAGAACGCUCGUAUAAGAUCCUCGCCGGUUUUAGUACCAGCGAAAUCGGAAUAACGAAAUUGCACGAAUGUUCAGUUCCUUGAGCAAUGGAUGCUUGACGUUCAUUGGCUAAAACAUCUUCAUUGCAGCGACCAGUUCAAAGCUCACUUAACGUAGGUAUUCUAGAUGUGUAAA